AUGAAUAUUGGUGUGAGUCUUUUGCUGAGUCCCACAUUAUGGCUCUUUGGUCUGAGCACUGUGACUCCAGGGGUGAUGGCUGGGUCGAUUUCGAACCCGUGGAAGGGACAGCCAGCAAGGCCAGCGACCUAUCACCUAGAGGCUGAGACUCUAGUGACUGCACAACGGCUAGACUCUGCCGUUGCAUUGUCAUUUCCCCUGUUUGACACAUCCUCUAUCUUGCCCGGAUUCGAUGCCACAACACAAGGAGCAAGCAAUGAUGUUGUUCUACGCCACAUCGUCACGACAAUGACAACCAUUUCAGGGACAGGCGAGACUGUGGCGGUGACAGGAUUACUGGCAGUUCCGGUGUCAGCCAACAAUACCAUUCCUGUAGUGUCGUGGCAGCAUGGAACCAUCCUCUCUUUCGACCAGGUGCCUUCCCAUAUGGUGAAGCUCUCCGAUCCAAACUACAACGUGACCGACGAUGCCGACUCCCUGGAAACUUUGUUUAAUAUCCAGCGAUUUGCAGCGAACCGGUUUGCCGUCAUUGCGGCGGAUUACAUCGGCAAGGGCCCGCUUCGGGAAGGGCGUGGCGAGGCCUAUGUCGUCAAGGGCGCAACUACGCAAACGUGUGGUGCCCUCAACACGCUAUGGUUGCAUCAAGCUCUCCGCUCCAAUGGGAUCGAUAUUGAAGCGACGGCUGUUGCCAGUCCCUUCAGUGAUCUCGAUCAAGCAUGGCGGUAUUGGUCUGGGAAGGUCAUUUUCCCACUGCCAAAGGGUCUCGAGAGCUACCCUCCCCUGGCUGCCUGGAUCGCGCCUUGCAUGAUUGUGGCUCUUGGUAGCUACGAGCUGUACUACAAUCUCCCAGGCCUAAUGGAGACGGCGGUGCGGCCUCAAUAUCGGGAACUAGCAGAAAGAAAUUGGCAAGAUUAUAACAUCAGCGCCAUUGAUCCCUCAAACUCUCCCAACAGUACCAACCUAUUGGCGGAUAGCUUCUGGAAAGGCUGCACGAACGAUCACAUUAGUGCGCUGCAACGGCAACUGAUCAGAAAUGCAGCCAUAGACUGGGAAUACGAUAGCCCCAUUCGUUUCUACUAUGGUCUUGCCGACGAAGCUGUCCAUCUGGCGAUGGUGACGCGAACAGUUGCUGCUGGGGGCAGGUAUGCCGCUGGAAUCCAGGUCGCCAGGGCUAGCCACCGGGCGACAUUUCUUGCCGGGCUGUAUGGCAGCGGAGCAUCGCUUGACGGCUUCGAUAACGUGUUGUCUUGGUUUCAGAGCAAAGCUUAG